GGCACCACAGCGUCAUCUACCUUCGUGUCGAGGGGGGCCAAUUAUCAACUCAGCGGUUUGCUUUAGGGCUCAGUCGCCACGCUGUACUCAUCUGUCUCAGGCAACCUCAAAUAUGCGACGAAGACCUCGGUUUGAAUUCGAUACUAUUCAAACCACUCACAUACAGAAUGAAGUUUACUCAACCAUGGGGAACUCUGCUCUCAACUGCGCUGAUUGUUAGCGCUGCUCCCAUUGCUGAAAAUUGCACUUCCGCGGCUGACUACGAUGUCAUCAUCGUGGGAUCAGGACCAGCUGGUCUCAUUGUUGCCGACCGCAUGAGCGAGGCUGGCAAGAAGACUCUUCUACUCGAGCAGGGUGGGCCUUCGUACUACAUCACCGGUGGACGUGAGCGUCCCGGCUGGUUGAACGGCACCGAGCUCAGCCGUGUCGAUGUUCCUGGUCUUUACAAGUCCAUCUUCUCGGUCACUGGCAACCUGACAUGUGCAUCAGACGUUGUCAACGCCUUCCAGGGCUGCACAGUUGGUGGCAACACUGCCAUCAACGCUGGUCUCUUCUUCCAGCCCCCAGCUUCCGAUUGGGAUCUCUACUUCCCUGCUGGGUGGAAAAACCCUGACAUGCAGAGCGCCAUUGCAAAGGUCCACGCUAAGCAGCCUUCCACUGACCUGCCGUCAGCUGAUGGCAAGCGCUACGUCCAGAGUGGUUACGAGGCUGCCAGGGAGUGGCUCGUUGAGGGUGCUGGCUAUGCUGAGGUCGGCUUGAACGAUGGUUGGGAGAACCACCACAAGACCAAGGUCUUUGGCCACCCCAUCUACAAUUACGAGGGCGGUCAACGGAGCGGUCCCGUCAAGACUUACCUCCAGUCUGCGCUCACGCGCUCGAACUUCCACUUCCAGACCGGAACCAAGGUCGUCCGCGUUAUCCGUGACGGUCAGACAGCGACUGGCGUUGAGAUCCAGCUCAAGGGUUCAAAUACCACAUCGAUCGUUGGAGUCUCUAAGAGCGGCCGUGUGGUCCUCUCUGGCGGUGCUCUUUUCAGCCCUCAGCUCCUGAUGUGGUCGGGCAUUGGCGAGCCCGCUUCUCUUGGCAACCUCUCCGCAUCUGGUCAGCUCACUCUCUCCGCCAGGCAAUGGAUCAACAACAGUGCCGUUGGCGACAAGGUCUUUGAUAACCCGAACUCCUUCAUCGAGCUCUUCUCCGACUCCAUCUCCUCCUACAACUACAACUACUCCAAUCCCAUUCCGGCCGACAGGGACCUCUAUCUCCAGUCAUACUCGGGGCCUUACUCCUUCGCCUCGCAGACUAGCGCUUUCUGGGACUUCAUCCAGCAGGGCAAUGAGACCGUCGGGUGCCAAGGCACUAUCGAUUCUUCCGGCUUCGGCAGCUUCAUGCAGAACGGCACCAUCACUCUGAACGUAUACGGAACCUCUGGUCUGCGCUCCUUUGGCCGCGUCGGACUUGACGCCAAUGGCAUCGCAACACCUUCAUCCGGCUUUUUCUACUCCGACAAGCGCGACGCGCAAGCUAUUGGCGAGUUCGUGUACAAUAUCUUCCAGAAGCUGCCCAAGACGCUGCAGCCUUUGAACAUCGCCGGAAACUCCACGCUUGAGGAGAUCACUACGUGGAUCACCACACCGAGUGAAUAUACGCUAGGUAACGUGCAGCAUUGGUCGUCGAGCUGCAGAUUCGAGACCUGUGUUGACGCAAAUACGAAGGUUAUUGGCACGAACAACAUCCACGUUGUCGAUGCUUCGAUCAGCGCGCCUUUGACGACGAACCCGGUUCUGGGUACUAUGAUCAUUGCCGAGCGUGCCGUUGAAAAGAUCCUUGCCCUAUGAUGCGGGGGAAUGUGGGUAUUGUCAUGUAGCGUAGCAUAGUUAGCAUUAAUGGCGUACGGAAAGUCAAAGAUACCAUAGUAGUAUAAUUGAUAAUACUUCAUAAACCCG